CACAUGAGAGGGGUAUGGUUGGAUCUGUGUUCGGCAGUUGUGUACGUACCAGGCCAAUUUCCAUCCAUUCCCAUAGACCACGGCCACCUCUUGAAAACAUCACACAAACCAAUUCGAGCUCGACGACCUAAGAUUUUAGCAAAGGAAUACUCCUAGCCAACAUGGACGAGUUCGAAUUUCAACGCGUCCUUAAUCUCUUCCCCGUCGUUCGAACCCGCGAUUAUCACGCGGCCUCAUUAUCAGCAAGACAAUCGACUGCUCAAACAGCACAGAAUGAGGAUGCAUGGCAUGGCACAGAUGGAAAGGAAAUUGCAAUUCAAGGAGUUGAGCAACACGAUGCAUUUUGGGGGAAACUAAAGAUGGCUGCAGAAAAGAAGGUGGGCCCAGUAGAAGCGGAAAGAUUUUGCAAAGCUUUUGAAAGAAUUCACAAGAAACUUGUGUAUGAAGAAUUGAGUUUGGAUGCUGCCAGUAAGUUUCUGAACUCAUAUCAAGGUUCUGGGGUAUAGUUACUUGUUAUUGAGUAUUGUUGUUCAUAUCCCCAGAAAGACAUACUAGUUCAAAUUGAAGCUGUUAUAACUAUUUCCCAGAAAGACAUUGUAGUUCAAAUUGAAGCUGUUAUAACUAUUUCCCAGAAAGACAUCGUAGUUCAAAUUGAAGCUGUUAUAACUAUUAUGUUUUUGAAAUUUCUAGUGUUGGGUUGUGAUGACUGUAACACCGGAUGGCUCUCCCACUGAUCUUUUGCUUAGCACAUCGAGCAUUAUGUGAACUACUUAUUUCGAUGUAUACGGUAUUGGUUGAAUGUUCAUGAGAACUUAUUGUUGCCUGCUCUA